GCCGUUCGAGUCGACUCUUCUUUCAUUGCCUGUCCCUCGACUAGACCAGCUACCGAUAUCGACGAGGCGGUCGAGAGCCGCAGCAGUUGCCUACCAUGACCACAUUUCUCGAGAAUGCGUACAGCUUAGUCCAUCAGGACAAUGCUGCCGAUGUCCCCUCGAUGUCAGAGCUGCGCACGCAGCUAGAGAAGGGCACUGAUGAGUCCAAGGUUGACACAAUGAAGCGCAUCCUGACCAUCAUGCUGAACGGAGACCCCAUGCCUCAGCUCCUCAUGCACAUCAUUCGAUUCGUUAUGCCCUCGAAAUCCAAGCACCUGAAGAAGUUGCUAUAUUUCUACUACGAGAUAUGCCCCAAGCUCGAUGCUAGUGGGAAACUGAAACAAGAAAUGAUUCUAGUCUGCAAUGGUAUUAGGAACGAUCUUCAGCACCCCAAUGAGUACAUUCGAGGAAACACAUUACGCUUCCUCUGCAAGUUGCGAGAGCCGGAGUUAAUCGAGCCUCUUCUAUCAUCUGCACGAUCUUGUCUCGAGCACCGGCACGCUUACGUGCGAAAGAACGCCGUUUUUGCUGUUGCGUCGAUCCACCAACAUUCGCCCUCUCUCAUCCCGGAUGCUUCAGACUUGAUCGCUACUUUCCUUGAUGGUGAGAGCGAUGCGACUUGCAAGCGCAAUGCUUUCGCGGCUCUAUCAAGCAUUGAUCACGACAAGGCCCUCGCCUUUCUGAGCAAUGUGUUCGACGGUAUCCCUAACGCAGAGGAGUUAUUGCAAUUAGUCGAGCUCGAGUUCAUCCGCAAAGACGCUAUCCAGAACCAACAGAACAAGGCUCGGUAUUUGAGGCUCAUCUUCGAUCUGUUAGAGGCCAACACUUCAACCGUUGUAUACGAGGCUGCUUCAUCCUUGACCACCCUUACCAGCAACCCUGUAGCCGUCAAAGCCGCUGCUGCCAAAUUCAUUGAGCUUAGUAUCAAAGAGGCAGACAACAAUGUAAAACUUAUCGUACUUGAUCGUGUAGACCAACUUCGCCAACGGAAUGAAGGGGUGCUUGACGACCUCAUCAUGGAAAUCCUCCGCGUUCUCUCGAGCCCUGAUAUUGAUGUGAGGAAAAAGGCUCUCGCGAUUGCGUUGGAGAUGGUAUCCAGCAAGAACGUAGAAGAAGUCAUUCUGCUACUGAAGAAAGAGCUUUCCAAGACUGUGGAUCAAGAAUACGAGAAGAACGCCGAAUACAGACAACUACUGAUCCAAUCCAUUCACCAAUGCGCCAUCAAAUUUUCCGAGGUUGCGGCCAGCGUUGUUGAUCUUCUAAUGGAUUUCAUUGCCGACUUCAGCAGUUCGUCCGCUGUUGACGUUAUCAGCUUUGUCAAGGAGGUCGUAGAAAAGUUCCCUAAAUUACGACCUUCAAUUGUCGCACGAUUGGUCGAUACACUCAGUGAGGUCCGGGCAGGUAAGGUCUAUCGCGGGAUCAUCUGGAUUAUUGGCGAGUACUCUCUUGAAGAAAAUGAUAUCAGGGAUGCUUGGAAAAAGAUUCGCGCAAGCUUGGGCGAGAUACCGAUCCUGGCUUCUGAGCAACGUCUCCUGGACAAUGUCGAGGGUCAAAAUGAACAAGAACAGGAGCAGGUGAAUGGUCACUCUAAACCCGCGCAACCUUCUGGCUCACGGCGGGUUCUAGCGGACGGUACAUAUGCUACUGAGACGGCGCUGACCAGCGCGUCCACUACUGCUGCCAGAUUAGAAGCUGUCAAGGCGGCACAAAAGCCUCCAUUGAGAGCAUUGAUCCUUGAAGGGGAUUAUUACUUGGCAACAGUUCUCUCUGCUACACUAACCAAGCUUGUCAUGCGUCACUCCGAGAUAUCUUCAGAUAAGGCGCGGACGAAUGCCCUCAAGGCCGAAGCCAUGCUCAUUAUGAUCUCCAUCAUCCGUGUCGGGCAGUCCCAGUUCGCCAAAGCCCCCAUUGACGAGGAUACAGUUGACAGAAUCAUGUCCUGCGUUCGGUCGUUGGCCGAGUUUUCCGAUAACAAGAAGCUGGAAACUGUCUUCCUCGAAGAUACCCGCAAGGCCUUCCGGGCUAGGGUUCAGGUCGAGGAGAAGAAGCGAGCGGCGAAAGAGGCCUUCGAGAAGGCGAAGACGGCAAUCCAGGUCGAUGAUGUCGUCCAAAUCCGCCAACUUUCUAAAAAGAACAGCGCAGAAGGUGCUGAUGAGAUUGAAUUAGACCUCGAAAGGGCGACCGGUGGCGAGGCUACAUCUGAGGACCUUACUUCAAAACUAAGCCGUGUCGUUCAGCUGACCGGUUUCUCUGAUCCAGUCUAUGCCGAGGCAUACGUCAAAGUGCACCAGUUUGAUAUCGUUUUGGAUGUCCUCUUAGUCAACCAGACAACCGAGACACUACAAAACCUCUCAGUCGAAUUCGCCACGUUGGGUGAUCUUAAAGUGGUGGAGCGACCAACAACCCAGAACCUCGGCCCACAUGAUUUCCACAAUGUGCAGUGUACGAUCAAGGUCUCGUCCACCGACACCGGUGUCAUUUUCGGUAACGUAGUAUAUGACGGUGCUCACAGCACUGACACCAACGUUGUCAUUCUCAAUGAUCUCCAUGUCGACAUCAUGGACUAUAUCCAACCAGCAACGUGCACAGAGACACAAUUCCGAUCAAUGUGGACCGAAUUCGAAUGGGAGAACAAGGUGAAUAUUAAUAGUAAAGCCAAGACUCUUCGCGAAUUUUUAGAGCAACUGAUGGCUUGCACGAAUAUGAACUGCUUGACACCUGAGGCUAGUAUGAAGGGCGAUUGCCAGUUCUUAAGCGCGAACUUAUAUGCCAGGAGUGUAUUCGGAGAGGAUGCUCUGGCCAACUUGAGUAUAGAAAAGGAGGGCGAUGAUGGUCCUAUCACAGGCUUUGUCCGCAUAAGAAGCAGAUCACAAGGUCUAGCUCUAAGUCUUGGAUCGCUUAAAGGGUUAAACAAGAUCGGAACCACUGCUUAAAUACCGUAAUGUCUCCAAUCCAACUAUCAAAUCUAGAUGAGAUGCAGUAUAUAUGCCGACAGAAGAACGAAUGUAAUUGACUCAUCAGUUAACGUUCACACCGAGGCAUGAAGGAUGGG